AUGUGGCCCGGUUGCAGGCCAUUGAGGCCUUACUGCGCAACGCUGCAGGCUCAAAAGUCAUCCCGACGGAGACUUGUUUGCGCCUUCAACCAGACUCGAUUACUGUUCGACUCGCCACGAUGUCGACAGAACGCCGCCUCCGCUGGAGCGUCUCAACCUGCGCCACAGAGUCAGGUGCCCAUUCCCCCAAAUGCCACGAAGAAAGUGGAAGAAAAGCAAGCCAAACCAGUAAAGGCCAUCCCAUACAGUGAACUUACGAUUGGUGUUCCCUUGGAAGUCCGCACUAAUGAGAAGAGAGUCGCCAUAACUCCUACCAACGCCAAGCUGUUGAUCAAGAAAGGCUUCAAAGCAGUUCUCGUUGAACAAGGUGCUGGCUUCCAAGCACAGUUUUCGGCCCAUGAGUAUGAGGAAGCUGGUGCGACCCUGGUCAAUGCUAGCCGAGUAUGGUACGACAGCGACAUUGUGUUGAAGGUGCGGCCACCUAGGCUCAGGAGUACCACCCUCUCGCCAAACAAUUUCAUCCAAGGAUUCCGAGAAGGUGGUGUAAUGAUCAGCAUUCUGCAACCGAACAUCGAGCGUAACAAGAAGAUCGUCGAUGAGCUGGUGAGAAAGAAGGUCACUUCUUUUGCCAUGGACCAGAUUCCUCGCAUUACGCGAGCUCAGCAGUUCGAUGUACUCAGCAGUAUGGCCAACAUUGCUGGAUACAAGGCUGUCCUCGAGGCGAGCAACCACUUUGGACGAUAUUUGACUGGUCAGACGACAGCAGCUGGAAAAGUGCCACCCUGCAAGAUGCUAGUAAUUGGUGCUGGAGUCGCAGGUCUCAGCGCAAUAACUACCGCAAAGCGAAUGGGCGCCAUCGUUCGAGGAUUCGAUACGAGGUCCGCUGCCCGAGAGCAGGUCCAGUCCCUUGGGGGCGAGUUCAUCGAAGUCAGUGUCAAAGAAGAUGGCUCGGGAUCCGGAGGCUAUGCGAAGACGAUGUCCAAGGAAUAUCACGAGGCUCAGCUGAAGCUCUUCAUGGAGCAAGCCAAGGAAGUUGACAUCAUUAUCACGACUGCCUUAAUUCCGGGGAAGCCAGCGCCAAUCUUGAUUACGGAGGAAAUGGUCGCAGCUAUGAAGCCUGGAUCCGUGAUCGUUGAUCUUGCUGCUGAGAACGGUGGCAAUUGUGAGGUCACUGUACCUGGUGAACUUGUCCAACGGGAUGGUGUGACAGUCAUCGGAUAUACUGAUCUGCCUUCUCGUCUGCCGACUCAAGCUUCGACAUUGUAUUCCAACAACAUCACGAAGUAUCUGCUGUCCAUGUCACCGAAAGAAGGGCACUUUGGCAUCGACCUCAAUGAUGAAGUGGUUAGGCGGUCGAUCGUGACACAUGAAGGAGAAUUGGUACCGCCGUUGCCUCCAGUGGCUCCACCCCCGGCACCAGCUGUGAAGCCUGUCGAGGUCAAGGAAGAUAUUGUAGCGCUCACUCCAUGGCAGAAGACUACCAGAGAGGUGGCCACCGUCACUGGUGCAAUGGGAACUGCUCUCGCGCUUGGAAAGAUGACUGGACCGAUUUUCAUGGGCAACUUGUUCACUUUCUCCUUGACAGGUCUGAUCGGCUACCGUGUCGUCUGGGGAGUGGCACCAGCCCUUCAUUCUCCUCUGAUGUCCGUCACCAACGCCAUCUCUGGGAUGGUAGGAAUUGGAGGGUUCUUCAUCAUGGGCGGUGGUUACCUACCACAGACUCUACCCCAAAUUCUCGGUGCCGCAUCCGUGCUUCUGGCAUUCGUCAACGUCUCAGGCGGCUUCGUUAUUUCGAAGAGAAUGCUGGACAUGUUCCGAAGACCAACUGAUCCACCGGAGUAUCCUUGGCUUUACGCCGUACCGGCAGCAGUCUUUGGUGGCGGCUUCCUGGUGGCUUCAGCGACCGGAAUGGCAGGUCUCGUCCAGGCUGGAUACUUGGCCAGCUCCAUGCUGUGCAUCGGCUCCCUGACCGGUCUAGCAUCACAAGCCACAGCCCGAACCGGUAACCUACUCGGCAUGCUCGGUGUCGGAUCCGGCGUCCUAGCCUCCCUCGCCGCCGUUGGCUUCUCCCCAGAAACCCUCAUCCAGUUCGUCGGCGUAGCAGGUGUAGGCAGCAUCCUCGGCGCCCUGAUCGGCCGCCGCAUCACACCCACCGAACUUCCCCAAACAGUCGCAGCCCUCCACUCCGUCGUCGGUCUCGCCGCAGUCCUCACCAGCAUCGGCUCCGUCAUGGCCGCCAUCUCCCACCUCGACAUGCUCCACAUGGUCACCGGCUACCUCGGCGUCCUCAUUGGCGGCGUCACUUUCACAGGCUCAAUCGUCGCCUUCCUCAAACUCGCCGGCCGCAUGUCUUCCCGCCCGACUGUCCUCCCCGGCAAACACCUCAUCAACUCUGCCCUCCUCGGCACGAACAUCGCCACCAUGGGCGCUUUCUGCAUGUUCGCCCCUGGCGCCCCUCUCAUCGCUGCUACGUGUCUCGGCGUCAACACCGCGCUCAGCUUCGCCAAGGGCUACACCACCACAGCAGCAAUCGGUGGCGCGGACAUGCCCGUCGUCAUCACAGUGCUGAACGCAUACUCGGGCUUCGCCCUCGUCGCUGAAGGCUUCAUGCUCAACUCCCCAAUCCUCACAAGCGUAGGCUCCCUCAUCGGCGUCAGCGGCUCCAUCCUCUCCUACAUCAUGUGCGUCGCCAUGAACCGCAGCCUAACCAACGUCCUCUUCGGCGGCAUCGCCACAGCCCCAGCCAACACCAACCAAAAGAUCGAAGGCGAAAUAACGAAAACCACCGUCGACGAAACCGUACAGACCCUCAAAGACGCGCAGAAGGUCGUGAUCGUGGUUGGUUACGGCAUGGCAGUGGCCAAAGCGCAGUACCCCAUCGCGGACAUCGUAGCAAUGCUCAGAACCAUGAACGUCGAAGUCGUCUUCGCCAUCCACCCCGUGGCAGGCCGCAUGCCGGGACAAUGCAACGUCUUGCUAGCCGAAGCUUCCGUGCCCUACGACAUUGUGCUGGAAAUGGAUGAAGUGAACGAAGCAGGUUUCGAUGAUGUUGAUCUAACGUUAGUCAUUGGGGCUAAUGACACGGUGAAUCCCAUUGCGUAUGAGCCUGAUAGUCCUAUCGCCGGCAUGCCCAUCAUCAACGCGUACAAAUCCAAACAAGUCAUCGUCAUGAAGCGUGGUAUGGGGAGUGGAUACGCUGACUUGCCGAACCCCAUGUUCUAUGCGCCGAACACGAAGAUGCUGUUCGGGGACGCUAAGACGAGUUGCGAUGCUAUCAAAUCGGCGCUGGAUGCUGCGAGGUAG